CGGCGCGCUGCCCUCUGCCCGCAGGGCGCCAUGGGACGUGUGAUUCGGGGCCAGAGGAAGGGCGCGGGCUCCGUCUUCCGCGCACACGUGAAACACAGGAAAGGCCCGGCCAAGCUCCGCGCUGUCGACUUCGCCGAGAGGCACGGCUACAUCAAGGGCAUCGUCAAGGACAUCAUCCAUGAUCCUGGCCGAGGCGCUCCACUGGCCAAGAUUGCCUUCCGUGAUCCGUACCGGUUUAAGAAGAGGACAGAGCUGUUCAUUGCUGCAGAGGGUAUUCACACCGGGCAGUUUGUGUACUGUGGCAAGAAAGCUCAGCUGAACAUUGGCAAUGUCCUACCUGUUGGCACCAUGCCAGAAGGGACCAUCGUGUGCUGCCUCGAGGAGAAACCGGGUGACCGUGGGAAGCUGGCCCGUGCUUCUGGAAACUAUGCCACCGUCAUCUCUCAUAACCCAGAAACAAAGAAAACGAGGGUGAAGCUGCCUUCUGGCUCCAAGAAAGUGAUUUCUUCUGCAAACAGAGCUGUUGUUGGGAUUGUUGCUGGUGGAGGUCGUAUUGACAAGCCUAUCCUGAAGGCCGGCCGUGCCUAUCACAAAUACAAGGCAAAGAGGAACUGCUGGCCACGUGUCCGUGGUGUGGCCAUGAAUCCUGUAGAACAUCCCUUUGGUGGUGGUAACCAUCAGCACAUUGGCAAGCCUUCAACCAUCCGGAGAGAUGCUCCUGCUGGGCGCAAAGUUGGUCUCAUUGCUGCCCGCCGUACCGGAAGGCUGCGUGGAACAAAGACUGUGCAGGAAAAGGAGAACUAAAGAUCCACUGUGGAGUUUACAGAAUAAAUUUUUAAAACAUA